CAACAGUGAGGCUCCUUCCAGCAGGUGAGACCUGAGCCACUGUACAACAUUGCCUGCUCACAACUCAGAUUGAAGACGAUGCCUAACCAAUAUCAGUCCGUCCAAAUAGCCGACGUGAAGAUGGCAAAUGGACCUGAGCAGAAGAGGCACCGCUACAUCCGAAAAGAAGGGCACUGUAAUGUGGUUUUCCGGCAUGUUCCUGAAGAAUGGCUGCUGUUUGUGACCGACAUCUUCACCACACUGGUGGAAAUUCGCUGGAGGGUGAUGUUUCUCAUCUUUGCUCUGUCAUACAUCCUCUCCUGGCUCUUCUUCGGAAUCCUCUUCUGGGUCAUAGCGCUGGCUCACGGGGAUCUCCAGGACCUUAAAAAUGAACCGUGUGUGUACGAAGUCCGUAGCUUCACUGCUGCCUUUCUUUUCUCACUGGAGACUCAGACUACAAUUGGGUACGGCUUCAGAGGCAUGUCGGAGAACUGCAUGGUUGCCAUCAUCAUCGUCACCAUCCAAGACGUCAUCAGCUGUUUCAUCGACACGUUUGUCAUCGGCAUUGUUGUGGCUAAAAUGGCAUCAGCCAGGAAAAGGGCGCAGACAAUCGGCUUCAGCAACUGUGCUGUCAUCAACCUUCGAGACAGUCACCUGACGCUCUCCUGGAGGGUCGGCGACUUCCGUCGGAAUCACCUGGUGGAAGGAACCGCUCGAGCUCAGAUUGUGCGUUCCACCGUCUACGCCAGCGGGAAACUCGACGUUACCUAUGAAGACUUGUUAAUCCAGCAGAGUGAAAUUGUCCUGGUGACCCCGAUUACUAUCUGUCACCGGAUUGAACAUGGCAGCCCAUUAUACCACAUGAGCCUGGCAGACUUGCGAAAGUCCGACUUUGAGCUCGUGGUUUCAUUCACGUACACGGAUGACUCCACAGGAAUGUUGCACCAGACCCGCACCUCCUAUUCUCCGGCUGAGAUCCUGUGGGGUCAGCUAUUUCAAGAGAUGAUCCGGGUCAGUAGGAGGCACUACCGAGUUGACUAUAACCUGUUCAACCAGACAGCAAAGGUCCUGGUGCCAGAGGUCAGUGCGGAGGAGUAUGAACGUAAGAAGCUACUUCAGCCGUCACCCAGACAUUCACCCAGACAUUCACCCAGAACCUCGCCAAGGCACUCACCCCGACCCUCACCCCGACACUCACCAAGGUCCCCACGCACAGAUCCACACCUGAAGCCACCAACUGUGACCGUAGAACUGGUCAACGACACUGACGCCAAUGCAACGUCAUCUGAAGCGGAUCAGUCAAAAAACAAGUUGACUUUGCCUGAGAAUCCAACUAAGCCUGAAAUGUAAGACAUUACAUGUCCUCCACUGUCAAAGGUUUAUUGUUGCAGCUUCAGGACUGGAGUUCGGUUUUCAGCGUCAACAUGUGAGGAGUAGGAUCACCUGAUCCACACUGAGGGAGGGACCAGAGGCCAGUCCACCGGGACCAAUUCAGAGGUCGUCAGUGAGUACAGUCGAUGCUGGGCUUCAAACUGAACAGAGAAACUACAUGCUCAGCACACGGAUCCCCCUUUAUAUAGAAAUGUUAAUCACGUGACCUUUCUUAUCGAUCUCUUUAGCGUCUUUAUUGAUACCUGACUAUGAUUUGGUCCCAAACUAGAGAUGCGUUUUAGAAAAAAACGGGUGUAUUUGCUGUAAUUUCAAUUAUGAAACGUUACCAUGAUGUUUCUUUCAAAGUUUAUAUGAAAACCUCCUUAUUUAUAUUGCCAUAAAUAUUGUAUUUGCUGUAUAUAAUAAUAGUAACAAUAAUAAAUACACUUUCUUAAAUGGA